AUUCCACAUAGAUAUUGUUAUCUCGAUUAAUUUCGCAAAUAGAUAUACAUUUGUAAUAUUUACUGUGGAUAUAUAUUCAAUUAGAAGGUCAUCAGCAGCAUAUUGUGACCUAAAGCACAUGAUACUUUGGAAGCAUUGCACUAUCAGUAUUGCGACCACUUGCGCGCAAGCUCGUAUGCGCCAAAGAUCGAUAAAAUAGACUAGGGAGGCCACGCCGCACAGUACGGCGCCGUUAAUGUUAGGCGGAAAGCUCGCUGCUUCUCUUCUGUUCAGUUUUGUUUACUAUUCCGGUGUAUAAACAGCUGUAAGCCAGCCAGAGUUACUCGUUUCGCGCGUUAUGAAGGUCUGUUUCCUACCAGCGAUCGUCUUUCUCAUCCUUACGGAGAUACACGGACGAGAAGAUGGUAUAUCCUUUAGCACGGUAAAAACAUGGGCGAACAAACUUGGAUUCGAGCUGUCCCAAUUGGGAAAAUACGUGACGAACGUCGAGAAAUUUCACGAAAGUUACAAGCUCGCCGAAGUGAAGCCACAAGACGGAAACACCCUUGUCAAAGACAUCGCUAAGGAUAUCAAAGCUAUGAUGGAGUUGAAAAUAUCCGCUAUAAACCGUAUUAUGGAUGUCGCAGAGACGUCAGCACUUUCGGCAAUGGGAAAUGAGUCUCUGGAAAAAUACAAUUACGUGAAUACGAAAAAUAAUACAAUAGACCUAACGUACAGUGAACAUUUCGGUGGAUAUGUCAAUCAAAGCAUGUCUGCCGUUCACGUACCGACAAAUGUCUACGACAGAGCUGAUAAUGUUCUACGGGCUAUCAAAUGGUCCGAGGAACUCGAUAAAACGUUCAUUCAUAAUUACGAACAAGAUCCAUCAUUGUCCUGGCAAUAUUUCGGCAGCGCCACAGGAUUCAUGAGACAAUAUCCUGCUAUAAGGUGGCCAAUGGAUCCUUCACGCGUUGACCUCUUUGACUGUAGAACAAGAAGCUGGUACAUUGAAGCAGCAACCAGUCCUAAAGACGUUCUUAUCCUGGUGGACAAUUCAGGAAGCAUGACUGGAUUGCGAAAACAAAUCGCCAGACACGUAGUGAAUAAUAUUUUGGACACUUUGGGAAACAAUGAUUUUGUCAAUGUCAUCACGUUCUCUGAUGUCAUGAACGUGGUGGUACCAUGUUUUAACGAAUCUCUCGUACAAGCAAAUCUAGCUAACGUCAGAGAGCUUAAGAAUGCUAUUACCAAUAUGCAAACUGAUAAAAUAGCUAAUUUCUCGGCGGUUCUCAUAAAAGCUUUUGAGAUAUUGGAGGUGUACCGUACUGUGAAGGAAGGUGCCAGGUGUAAUCAGGCAAUAAUGCUCAUCACUGACGGUGUUCCUGAAAAUUAUAAAGAAAUCUUUAAAGAAUAUAACUGGCAGGACAAUCCAGAGCACCCUGAGAAAGCUGAUAUGCCAGUAAGAGUGUUCACGUAUCUGAUUGGCAGAGAAGUCGCCGACGUACGAGAAGUUAAUUGGAUGGCUUGCGCCAAUAGGGGUUACUACGUCCACCUAUCGACUCCAGCAGAAGUUCGAGAACAGGUGCUGAAUUACGUGCCUGUAAUGGCCAGACCCCUUGUGUUAGGUCAAACAGAUCAUCCAAGAAUUUGGACACCGAUUUAUGCCGACAUAACUGAUCCUAAAAUGACGGAUUGGCGUUGGGAGCAAAAAGAAUGCAAAGAGCAAAAAGAGCGUUUUCAAAGUUUUCGAAAGGAUCCCAGACCCUUGUUUUCUAAGCAAGAGAAAGAUCGUAGAUUUGUUCAGAAGCAGAAGAGGAUAAACAAUCGGUAUGGUGAUCUUCAGGAAUAUAAGCUGAUGACAUCUGUCAGCAUGCCGGUAUUCGACAGAAGAAAAAACGCGAACAUCACAGAGCAGGUCCUGGUGAACGAAGCCUACUGGGUUACAGAGACAAGAGAGACUAGAAUCGCGGAUCUCCUCGGAGUGGCUGGCACGGAUGUACCAAUACAGGAAAUACAAAAGCUCAUGAUGCCGCAUAUGUUGGGAGUAAAUGGUUAUGCCUUUAUAGUUACCAAUAACGGUUAUAUUUUAAUACAUCCCGACCUCAGACCAGUGUUUCAGGAAAUUUUAAAACCAUCAUACAACAGUGUUGAUAUGGCGGAGGUUGAACUAAUGGACCAGGACAACGGUCCUCGCGAAUUCGAAGAAGGAAUACUUGAGCUUCGCAAAGACGUAAUCAACCAAGCAAACGGCAGCGCUACUCUCCAUACAAAGUACCAUUACGACGAUAUGAAACGUGUCGGUAGAGUAAGAAGGAAAUACGAUUAUAUGGGCAUUGAGAAUACACCAUUUACAGUGGUGGUCAGUCUGCCCGAAUAUGAUCAUGCCGGAAGUUACCGUGUACAUGCCUCCGAGGAAAUACACAGAUCUUACGUUAGCGGCAAAGAUGUGACAGACUACUUCGCAGGUGGUAACUGGCGGGUGCAUCCCGACUGGAUGUACUGCAUAUAUCACUAUGAGGCUGAACACAUAUUCAAUACCUCGGAAAAGCAGCUCCUACACUUUUUGGAGCGCAUCCGCCAGCCGGGUUGGAAAUGGAAUGAUUCGAAGCAACGAUCCCCACCACCGGAACGUACUGCUUCGAAUUCUGGUCACGGUGCGGCCCACCGUAAGCGAUCCUCCAAUCCAAAUAAAGCAGACAGGAUCUCGUAUUACUGCGACCGUAAUCUCCUUCAGAGUUUGGUUUUCGAUGCAAAGGUAACCGAGUGGUUUGCGAACACCAACACCACCCGCGAGGAUAUGGGACCUUUUGCUAGGCUGGUGAACCUCCUGCCCAGGAAAGAAUUCACGCAACGGUUUGGAUUCACAUUAGCCUUCGUGGCGACACGCAGCGGUCUAACGCGAUGGCAGGACUUCCCUAGGGAUGAUGGUGUUCCAGCGGAUGAUCACUUCAGUAAGCUGUAUCCCAGAGCCAUAGAUGAAGUGUGGUACAAGCGUGCUGUUGAACAGUAUUAUGUACAUCCAGACAGCUUUGUGUUCUCUGUGCCAUUUGACAAACGUGAUGAUGAUAAUACAACCCUGGUCACAGCCAGUCGUGCGAUAUUUGUCGGUACUGGCAAAGCCAAAGCUCCAGCAGCAGUCGUGGGCUUCCAAUUUCAACAUUCGGCAUUGCAAGGCUUGUUCCAUAAUAUUACAUACAACUGCGACAGUCCUGUUAACUGUCAGAAGACAUGCAAAGAUGAUUCCAUAGCGUGUUAUCUGAUGGACAACAAUGGGUAUAUCAUAGCUGCUAAUAAUCCUGCCGAUGCUGGAAAAUUCCUUGGUGAAGUACGGGGUCCAAUAAUGAACAGCUUGGUAGAUAAUGGUAUCUACAGUAAGAUCAGGAUAUUCGAUUAUCAAGCUGUUUGCUUCGACUACAUUCCUACCCUUAAUCAUGGUAACGUACUACUCACGCCUUGGAGAAGCAUCCAGAAAGCAGCUGCUUGGUUGUUCAGUCAAGUCGCUUGGGCCUGGGCUAAAGCUGGAUUAUGGACUUCGGAUUACGUAGAUGCAAAUGAAGAGAAUGAGGAAGGCUUGGACGAUCAGAAGAGUUACGUGGAAGGUCCUACAGAGAACAAAGAUACCAAAAUUAUUCAACUUGUUCAAAUUAAUCGUACGAGACCUCAGCCUUGUGACCAGGAGGUAUAUCUGUACCUACUACGGAAUGCUUCCUCCAAAGAAUACGACGUGGACAUUGACUCCGAUAAAUCGUGUGAGAGACCAUACGUCGUGCAGCCUGUACACUUCACCAAUAUGAUCCUCCUCGUCGUAGAUGUCUCGUGUCCUGAUACGGAUGAACCGAUAUUGAGUGUUGUUCCUGAAGAAGUAUUAUACAGCAAUUACACCUUGGCUUGUUACAAAGCUCUGCAUAGUUUGGCGAGAAAAAGACCAGCAUCCUGUAUCCGAAAUCAUACAAAGGAGAGCGAUAUCAAGGACCUCUGCGGUUUUGCGUCGACUUUCAGCCCGAACUUAUUCUUGCUUUUAUUGCUUUGCGCGCUGACCAGGUUCAAUCGUUACUGAACCAUCUCGUGUCAUGUACCUAAACAUUUAAAUGAAGCAAAGCAUGCAAAGGCUGAUCCUGAGAGCCGAUGUCAAAUUAGUCCAAAAUUUGUACUGCCCAAAAUGCAAUACGAGUUGCGUUCAGUAUAUGCACUGCUUUUCUCGAAGACUACUUAUCCAUAUGGUGCUUGCCGUCGUGGCGCCGAGGUGUAUAUAUUCCGUAAGAGUUGUGCCACGUGCCCAAGAGAGUCCUUUACAACCGUUAAGCGAAGCGUUGACGUUCAGUAGUUGAAACUUCAAAAUCUUUUUUAGACGUCGGCCAUUCCGAGUAUAGAAUGAUCUUCCGCUGGGCAUAAUCUUUGUUUUAUGAUAUUUGGACCCAGGUAGGACGACAUAUGAUUGUGAAAUUUUAUUUUUAAUAUCCCGGUAUCAAUUCUGUUGGACUUGGUGAAAAUGCGUCUGGCGAAAUGAUUACGAGGAAUCCUUUUUCUCUUACUUCGAGCAAACUGAUAAUAUAGCUCGACAGUUUCUACAGGGUAUUCUUCGUUACGCCAACCAACCGCUACAAUUCGCAGAAAAGUUUUUAGGUAGAUAGAUAGUUUUUAUAGAAGGAUUAAUCGAAAGAGAAGUACAUAUACUUACGUAUGUUUGUAAAUGCUACGUUCAUACUCACGCUUUAUACAUUAAUCGACUAAAGGUAUGUCGUUUAAUAUUUAUAGAAAUUAUUAAAAUUAAUUUUGUAAAUUAUUGUAAUAUACAAUAUACAUAUUAUACACGCAGGUACAUACAUACAUAUAUAUAAUAACAAAAAAAAACAAUUGUGUGCCUUUGGACACGCGGUUAAAUAAAUUCUUGUUGUAUGUUUGUCAAAUAAAUAAUUCAACUCCGUGCCGUAAUUGGCUCGUACGCGUCACUCGACGAUUCGUAUAUGAAUAAGAAAUUGCUGUUCGUUAAAAUACGUCACUACUUAUGGCCCAAUUUUUAAGGGCAGUGAACAUGUAAAACUAGAUUUACGAAUGAUUUUAUAAAGUUUAUAACACUCUCGAUCUGUUACGAAAAGGUGUAGAAUAAUAUAAUUAAUCGUAUUAUGAGACUAGA